AUGAAAAAAAAUAGUAUUCCAUCACCCACCAAAUACAAUAAAAUAAUCUGGAGUCUGCUAUGGGGUAUCUGGAUUCGAAGAAAUGAAUGGGUGUAUGCAGGCAAGAAGAAAGAAAUCGCUGAGGUGAUCCACAAAGCUAUGAGCCUUGUUGGAGAAUAUGAAAGUGCCAAAGAUCAAGCCAAAGUCAGUAGUGCCUCUGAAGUGCUCGAAUGUCAGUGGAAAGCUCCUCCAACUGGGAUUAUAAAAGUCAACUCCGAUGCUGCCAUUUUCGACCCAGACAAGGUAGGAUUAGGGGGUCUGAUGAGAGAUAAUGUGGGGGAUGUGGUGGCAGCCACAUGUUUGCGGAUGGAAGGCAAAUAUGAUGUUGAUGUGGUGGAGGCAAUGGCCUUGAGGCACGCCCUGGUGAUUGCAAUGGAAGCUGGUUUUGUGAAAGUGUGCCUUGAGACGGACAACUUGAAGCUCCAUCAUAUGAUCAUAGUUUGUAGGAGUGGUAACCGAGUUGCUCAUAAUCUAGCAAAGCUUAGUAUUAAUUGUUCUUCUCUUAGAGUUUGGCUUGAAGAGUAUCCUGCGGAGAUACAAGCAGUUGUAAUGGCUGAUAUUAACUCUUCCUCUACUUAA